GCCGCAAUUUGCCGGAAACGGCCGGAAGUGAGCGGAAGGUUAUAAACCUGUCCUGAAACUGACCAGAGCCAUGCCUUUCGUGGACCUGCAGGCGAAGUUGGGUGUGAACAUUGACCGCUGGAUGCUGGCCCAGAGCGGUCCGCAGCCGUACCAGCGAGCCUCCCGCUGCCAUGCCUUCGAGAAGGAGUGGAUCGAAUGUGCGCACAGCAUCGGGCAAACCCGCGCCGGAAAGGAGUGCAAGUUAGAGUUCGAUGAUUUCUACGAGUGCAUGCACAGGCAGAAAACGCACAAGCGCCUAUACGAGAUACGGACUCAGCGGGACAAACUGAUGAAGGAGGGAUCAUACACGCCCCCAAACCACCACACUGGCAAGGAGGAAAUGCGGCCGUGAUCUGGAUGUCUGGUGACAUCGGACCCCUGGUCUCUGACCCCCCAGGGAACAUGUGCAGUGAUGUUUCGAGCUCACAGGAGAAUGUUGGGGCUCAGACUUGUAUGUAGUACUUAUCUGUCCUUUCUGUUCCAUUUAUGAAAAUAAAGAAAAUAUGACUUA